CGGCUUCACGUGGCUCUGUCGCUCACGUGACCCCGCGGAGGCGGAAGUGGGAGGCGGCGGCGGCCUUGGCUCGGACUCUGACCCUCCUCGUGUUCCCCUGGGCUUCCCGCGAGGAGGCGGCGGCCGUGGAGGCGGAGGAGAGGCCCGAGGUGAGAGUGCCUCUGAGCAUGCACAGAGUGCCGCAGGCAGACUUGCGAGGGCGGGCGGAGGCCAGGACGGGUGUUGCUGUUGCUCAUAUUCCUAAUAAUAAUAAUAAUAAUAUUUAUACCCCGCCCAUCUGGCUGGGAUUCCCCAGCCACUCUGGGCGGCUCCCAACAGAAUAUUUAAAACGCGAUAAAAAGCACACUAAAGCUUAUACCUAAAACUACAGUGGUACCUCAGGUUACAGACUCCGCUAACCCAGAAAUAGUACCUCGGGUUAAGAACUUUGCUUCAGGAUGAGAAGAGAAAUCGUGCUCCGGCGGCACAGCAGCAGCAGGAGGCCCCAUUAGCUGAAGUGGUGCUUCAGGUUAAGAACAGUUUCAGGUUAGGAACGGACCUCCGGAACAAAUUAAGUGCUUAUCCCGAGGUACCACUGUACUCAGUUGGUCUCUAUCAUUUUUAAAUUCUUCUGGAAUGAUUCCUUUAAAGACUUCCUUAGCUCAUAUAACCUUUUUGAAGGCUUGAUUCUUUUAAAGGAGUUUUUAGGCUCUGAAGAAGAGUCUUUUUAAUUAUCUUUUUAAAGAAUUGUUUUAAUUUAUUUUGACUACGGCAGACCAACACGACUAGCUACAUAAACCUAAAAGACUUCCCCAAACAGGGCUGCCUUCAGGUGUCUUCUAAAAGUCAGAUAGUUGUUUAUUUCCUUGACAUCUGAUGGGAGGGUGUUCCACAGGGCGGGCGCCACCACCGAGAAGGCCCUCUGCCUGCUUCCCUGCAACCUCACUUCUUGCAGGGAGGGAACCGCCGUGGGAGGAAGCUCACCAUCUUGUUUGUGUCCCCCCUCUCUGCAGUUCUCCCCCCAGCCAGCCGCUGGGCCUGCGACGAAGCGCCGAGAUGAUGGCCCGCGGCCGGCAGAUCUUCUCCGUCUACUGGAAGCCGCUCUUCCAAGGCCGCCUCCUGCUGGUGACCAACACCGUCAGCUGCGGGGGGCUCCUGGCUGCCGGGGACACGCUCCGCCAGGCCUGGGAGAUGAGGCAGGACCCCAAGCGCAAGCGGGAUCUGGCCCGCACAGGUGAGCCCUGCCUGCCUCUUGCUCAAAACGGCCUUUCCACUGCGCUACCUGGGAUUUCAAUCCCCGGGGGUGCAGAGUGAGGCCAUCAGUUUGUGGGUCGUGGCCAUUAGCCAUGCUCCUCGAGAGGGCAGGAGGGUGGCAAGACGAGAGCAGGGCCUUCUGUAUUACACUGAGAUCUGUCUGUUUUUGCUAUUAAUUUCACGUUUUUGUGGCUCUUUUUUGUUUUGUUUUUGUGACUGUGGAACCCAGUUUAGCUACCGAUUGGCUGAUUGUGUGACUGCAGUACAUUGUUUAUUGCUUUCAUUUUAUGGUCUCGUUAAGAUAGUAAAAUUCAUGCUAAACAGCUGUCUUAGGGGUUGUUUUUAAUGGUCUGGAAUGGAUUAAUCCAUUUUUGCAUUCCUUUCUAUGGGAAAGCGCGCCUUGGUUUGGGAACGCUUUGGUUUUGGAACGGACUUCUGGAAGUCCCCUCCACCUCAGCUUUUCACAAGCGCUCCAUUUAGACUUCCAAGUGAUGGAGCCUCUUUUCUUUGCCUGUGGUAAAGGUAAAGGGACCCCUAACCCUUAGGUCCAGUCGUGGCCGACUCUGGGGUUGCAGCGCUCAUCUCGCUUUACUGGCCGAGGGAGCCGGCGUACAGCUUCCGGGUCAUGUGGCCAGCAGGACUAAGCCGCUUCUGGCGAACCAGAGCAGCGCACGGAAACGCCGUUUACCUUCCCGCCGGAGCGGGUCCUAUUCAUCUACUUGCACUUUGAUGCGCUUUUGAACUGCUAGGUGGGCAGGAGCAGGGACCGAGCAACGGGAGCUCAUCCCGUUGUGGGGAUUCGAACUGCCGACCUUGUGAUCAGCAAGUCCUAGCCUAGGCUCAGUGGUUUAACCCACUACAAAUAUGCCUUCUCCUCCUCCUCCUCAGCCCGCAUGUUUGCCAUCGGCUGCAGCAUGGGCCCCCUAAUGCACUACUGGUACCUGUGGCUCGACCGCACCUUCCCCGCUGCCGGCUUCAGCGGGAUCCGCAGCGUCCUCAAGAAGGUUUUCAUCGACCAGAUCGUGGCCUCCCCGGCGCUGGGCGUUUGGUACUUCUUGGGUGAGUAAGGACAUUGACACCGCUAGGAGAAAAAUCCCGCUUGGGAGGGAUUGUAUGCAUGUGGAGGGGGUCAGCUAGGGCCCAGGACUGGCCUCAUCCUGCACCCCCCUCCCAAGCAUUUCCUUUCGUCUCCCUGCAGGGAUGGGGUCUCUGGAGGGGCAGACGCUGGACCAGAGCUGGCAAGAGUUGGAGGACAAUUUCUGGGAGUUCUAUAAGGUAAGACUCUUCCCUCCCCGUCCCUGACAUCACAUCCUGUCCCGUGGGGCAGCUGACCCCCGUUUCCUUUUCCCGCUCGCAGAUGGACUGGUGCGUGUGGCCCCCGGCGCAGCUGAUCAACUUCCUCUUCCUGCCCGCCGCCUACCGGGUGCUCUACAUGAACGUCAUCACCCUCGGCUGGGACACCUACCUGUCGUACCUGAAGCACCGGGUGGGUAAACUGAGGCAGCGGCACAGGGCGCGAGCUUGGGGUCUCCGGUGGAGAGAGGUUAUCCCAGAACUGCAGCCUCAGAUCCUUUGAAUCAUGAGCUCAGGGACCAUGUUCUCUUGUAGGGCAGAGGUGGGCAGGACAGCAGAAUAAUUUCUUAUUUAUACCCCACCCAUCUGACUGGGUUGCCCCAAUAUUUUAAAGCACAAUAAAAACCUCAAAACUCGGCCCUCCAGAUGUUUUGGGACUACAAUUCCCAUCAUCCCUGUCCAGUGGUCCUGUUAGCUAGGCAUGAUGGGAGUUGUAGUCCCAAACCGCUAGAGGGCUGAGUUUGGGGCUGCCUGCCUUAAGGGAUCAUUUCAGCAGGCUGUGGUCCGUCCAGCUCACGACUGUCCGCCCAGCAGCAGCUCUCCUGGGUUUCUGGGUCAAGAGGAUACUCUCUGCUCUAGCCAGAGAUCCCACCAGCUGCAUAGAUCCCCAACUGAUGAGAUCCCACCCCGCUUUCUCUUUAGCCUAAGCACCCAUCACUCAGCCUGGAGGAAAACGAGGAAGCCGACGCAGUCGAGAUGGAAACGACCGGGUGAACGAGGGCCACUCGCUUCUGCCAAGGUUGGAUCCAGGGCUCCCUGGGUGCCGGAACCGGCUUGGUGCCCACCAGAUUGGUGGCUGGAUCUGGGAAGCAGGCGCUGUCGCCCGGGUGCGCAGCCUUCUCUCCUCCCAGCCGAGGCCUCGACUCCCUCUUCCAGCAGCGCCUCGGAUCCUGAAACGGGCUGGGGGGCAGAUUUGGCACGGGCAUCUCCUGACUGCCAACCCUGGUCCUUCCCAGUUCAUUCAAAAGUGCCAGAUCUUCCCAAUUAAAGAAAAAGCAGGUUGCCUUUUUUUGCACGCCGUUGCCAAGACAGGUGCUUCUUCUCUCUGCUCAAGACGGUUUGUCCUUUUAAUGACUGAUGUUUUAAUGUAUUUUGAAUCUGUUGGAAACCGCCCAGAGUGGCUGGGGAAACUCAGCUGGGGCUAUAAGUAAUAAAUUAUUCUUAUUCUUCUUAUUAAAUUAUAUUUUGAGUGCGGCGGAGCUGCCAGGCUCCUGACUGCAGUCAAACGGCAACGGCUGGCCACACGCCAAGGUUGCAGGUUUGAUCCCCGUAUGGGACAGCUGCGUAUUCCUGCCUUGCGGCGGGUUGGAAGAGAUGAUCCUCUGGGUCCCUUCUGACUCUAGAAUCCCAUUCUUUCCUCGUUUCUAAAAACUUACUCAGCCUCCCAGCCUCACCACAGCCAAAGCCCCCUAUCAAAAUGCAAGAGCAACAGCGGGGUGCUCCCUGCUUGUGGUUCCCAGCAGCCGGCACUCCAAGGUAGACUGCUUGUGUUGCUGGAGGUGCAGCCACACCACUAAGUCCCAGCCCACUCCCCAAACUGGGAGAAACCCCCUUUUAAAAGCACCCAGCCCCCCUUGCCACAUCAGACCCCCUUCAAGCGCUCGGCCUCCCCCCUUCCUUCACAGGGACUAGCAGCAUGGAAUGCUUCUCGUGAUCAGAAUUUUAUUUCUUCACAACUCUCCUUGGUACCACGAUAUUGGGAUUUCCUUUCCACCCCAUAGCUUUUAAUUGUUUUUGUUUUUUUUAAGAAACUGAACUCAUUUUGACACUUCUGACAGGUUUUUUUUUAAAUACAGUACAGCAUAUAUAUAUUUUUAUAUUUAUAUAUAUAUAUAUAAUUUUCCCCAUAGAAGUAAACUUCACAAAGAGAGAAAGAAUGUUUUGUGUCUAAAUAUCCGCCAAAACGAGAAAAAAAACCCAAAACCGUACGUAGCGUUUCCAUGAAAAAAGAAAAGGGGGGUCGUGGGAUGGAGGGGUGAGGAAUGAGAGGAAAAGGGAAUGUUUUAAACAGUGAGAGUUUGGUCGUUUGAGAAGAUUGAAAGCCAGGAGUUCUCCAGGUGAAGCGGGGAAAGAUCACUUGCGGGUCCGAGGGGGCGGGAGCAGCAAGUGGGGGCAAGGCAACCUUUUACCUCUCCUACAGCACAACAGCCUCUUCCCCAACCUGGUGCCCUGCAGAUGCCACCAGCCUUGGGCCAAAGCGGUUCGGGUUCAUAGGAACCGCAGUCCAAGAAAAAACCUGGAAUGGGGGGUGCAGGGAAUGUAGAAGCUGGACAGGGCAAACCAGCCUUCCAGAUGUUGACUAGGCUCCCAACAGCUGGCUGCUGAUGGGAUCUGGAGCCCCAGCAGCACCCAAGGGGGCAACAAGUUCCCCCUCCCCGUGUUGGAAGGGAAGGCAAGAGGCAAAGCCCAACAGAGUCCUGCUCCAGAGUAGGCCCAUUGAAACAGGCCGCCCUACGCCAGUUUAUUUCGGGUUACAGAGGCUGCAUCUGAACUCUACACGGAGAGGAUCCUGCAGUCACGGCUCCCCCUUCCACCCCAAAAAGCUGGGAGCUGUAGUUUUCAGGGUGCCGAGAGCUCUUAAGAGACACCCCGCCUCCCUCAAUUCCCCUUAGGAUUUCCAGGCGGGUUUUAUCGCCUGCAUUAUGAUCUCUCUUUUAGCGCUUGGGAAUUCUUCUCUUGCAACCUUUUACCCCGUCAGCAUUUCCCAAAACUUGGGCCCUGUGUGUGUUUUCCAGGACUACAACUCCCAUCCUCCCUGGCUAGCAGGACCAGUGGGUCGGGGAGCGUUGAAAGUAUGCUGAGAGUUGGUAGGGGACCCUGAUUCCCUUCGCAGAGCCUACCGUUCCCCCCGUUUUCUGGGAAGAGGGGCUGGCUCUGGAAUUGGCUCUGUGGUGGAAAUCUGUGCCUCCUAUUUCCAGCUCUCAGCGUCCUUGACAAACAACGCUUCCCAUAAUCCUUUAGGGGAACCUAUGGCUGCUUAAAGUGCAAUGGUGCUGCCAUGACUAUUCAGUGCAGACGGGGCCGGAAUCUGACUUCCUGCCCUGCAAAGUACAGAAAGCCAAAGCUAACAAAUUCCCAAUUGCAAAUCAGUUGCGUCGACACAACUGGGUCUGGAAGAUCAACAGGACUGGAUCAGACUGGGGGACUUGACUGGGGAAGGUGGUUCCACAAAAGUGGACCUGUGUAAUUUGAAAACGUCCAGAGACCCAAGUUUGGGGAACGCAGCCCUAAGUGGUCUGCGCCAUCAAGGACCCAAACAUGCUCCCAGAGGGUAUAUGUCAGGGCAAAGAGGAAGCUGCGUUAUACAGAAUCCCAUGUCGCUCAGGACUGUCAACACUGACUGGCAGCAGCGGUCCAGGGUUUCCAGCUCUGUGCAGAUCACAGAAACUGAACCCGGGACCUUUCACUGGAAGAAACUAAGAUACUGGCCCUCAUUGGCCAAAUGGAAAGGAUGGAGUUGCCUGUGAUGGUGACCCCACUCUGGGAAUUGUAGCUCCGUGAGGGGAUGGGGGUCUCCCGUUCCCAGGGAUCUUUGGGGAGGGGUUUUGUAGUGCUUUAAAUGCUGCCCUACAGUUCCCUGGAAAGAAGAGUUGAUUGUUAAACCGAUUUGGGAACUGUAGCUCUGCAAAGGGAAGAAACUACUAUUCCCAUGUUUCUUUGGGGGGAGUGCGGGCAGCUGUCACUCUUUAAAGUGGUUGCUUCUGUUGCCAACCACCCUUCCUCGGCCCGCCUUAUUCUCGUUCAUCUUAUUAAAUACGGUGUUGUUGUUUUUAAAAAAGAGAAUAACCUACAAGCAACUGAAAAACCGUGUAUGUUAACAUUUUCUUUAAAUAAAUAAAAAAAACCCCAAACGCACGCUCACACGCACAUGAAACAUAAAUAAAACCACCAGCAGCACAAAGCACGGCACGGCAAGAGGACCUCCAAACACACACACACACACGUCAGAGUCUACUUCUAUUUACAGGGAACGGGCCUUGGGGAUUGCAUUUCCUUUUUCCUGUACACCAAGGAAGACGGGAGGAGGACCGGAAAGGGGUUUUUGCAGGGGAAAAGAAGGGAGAGAGAAAGAAAGAGAGAGAGACACAAGCCAUCCUCUGCAGGGCAGCGGUGGGAAUCAAGGAAAGCUCUCCUGGCGGCAUUUUGGCGACGCCGGACUGGCAAGGAGGGUCUUUGCCCUCCCUGGCUAGCCAGCCAGCGAGGCCAAAGAGAGUCUGGAAAGCUGGGAGAUUGUGUCUGGACAAAUCGUAGGCCAGGAGAGCCCCGCAACUGCAAAUUGAGCCGUUUCCUAGAUCUGAAAGCAUACUGAGCCAGGCAUCAUUUUCUAUGCUGCCAAACGAGGCUUCAAAGGGGAGAUCUGCAGCCCUCCAUAUUUGCUGGGGUUCCCAACUCCCUCGCUGACCGCCGGCCACACUGGCUAGCAGGUCAGGAGCUGGAGGGCCGCAGAUGUCCUGCCCUGAAGACGCCACAACAGCCACACACCGCCACUCCGGGAGGAAGAGAGACGGAGAGGAGGGGCAGGCACAGAAGCAGGUGUGGGCCUCCCCGCUAGCGACAUUGCGGGACCAAUCCUGCUUUGGAGAGGGGGCCAAACAGGGAGGGCGGCAGCUGCAGAAUUCAAACACAGGAACCAAAGCAAUUCGGCUUCACAAGAGUCAGACCGUUGGGUCUGUCUCGCUCGGUAUAUUGUCUACACUGACCGGCAGUGGCCCUCUAGGCGGGGGGGGUGUGUGUGUUUCCAGCUCCACCUAGAGAUACCACUGGGGACUGAGGACCAGAGGGCAGGCGCUCUACUGCUGAGCAACGGCCCAAUUGCUAAAAAACAAAAUUAAGACACCCGUCUUUGCGGUUGAUUUCAACGAAUAUGCCUUGUGAGGAAUGAGGUUGCUGGUCCAUUUAGCUCAGCGCUGCGCCCACUGGCUGGCAGCAGCUCUCUGAGGUUUCUUUCCCCCAG